AUGGCGUUCAUCUCUUCUGUGGUCUGGCUUCGGUUGGCUUUCCGUGGAGCCGAGGACCGUCGGAGCAAUGUCAAGAUGAGCUUCAAGACGAAGCUACGGUGCGGCCGAGUCGAUCUGCCGUCAUGCGCAUGGUGCAGCAGAUACGCCGCAUUGCGCGCGGUACUGCAGGAGUGCCGCGAUGAAGGCGAUCAUCAGGCUGACACAAGGAGAUCAGAGGUUGCGUCAGCGACGACGCGGCCGCCGUACGUAGCCUGA